UUCUAUAUGCGCACCCAAUACUGGCCUUUCCUGGUAAUCGAUACUAUGUAGAGACACAGGGGCAAAAUGAGCCCGAGGCAUAUGGGCAAGGAUUUGGACCUGGAAACUGGAAUGGAAAUGGCUUUGGAAAUAGCUAUGGAAAUGGACGAGGAAACGGUCCUGGAAAUGGACAUGGAAACGGACGUGGAAAUGGAAAUGGAUUUGGUCAUCACCAUCAUCAUAGAGAGCCCAAUUUUAAUCAACCGCAGUAUGGACCGGGCCCUCUGCCUGGACAUCACCACGGUCCACCAUCCCCACCAUUGCCUUUCGGUCGUCCAUAUCCAAAUCCUUUUCAAGGUCAACAGUUUCCUGGAAGACAGCCGGAAGCUUUUCAACCACGUCCAGGUCAAGCUGGCGGCAGAUCUUCUCAUCCUUUUGGUUCUAAUAAUUUCCAACCACGUCCUGGUCACGAUCAACUGCCAGGUCAAGCUGGAGGAAGUGGAGGCUCAUUCAAUCCCAGACCUGGAAAUAAUAGAUUUGGCAAUGAUCAAUCAUCUGGCGGCGAAUCUUUUAAUCCUUUUGGCUCUACUAAUUUCCAACCACGUCCUGGUCACGAUCAACUUCCAGGUCAAGCUGGAGGAAGUGGAGGCUCGUUCAAUCCCAGACCUGGAAAUAAUAGAUUUGGCAAUGAUCAAUCAUCUGGCGGCGAAUCUUCUAAUCCAUUUGGCUCUACUAAUUUCCAACCACGUCCUGGCCAAGAUCAACAGCCAGGACAAACUUAUCCGCAUGAACAAUCAAAUGGUGGUGGCUCUUUCAAUCCCAAUCAACAAAAACCUAGUCAAGGCUCAGAAAAUCCAUUCGGAAAUGAUUUCCAAUCACCGCGUCCAACUGGAGAAGCAGAUAGUGGCCAGUCUACCAAUACCAACACCUUACAGCCACGUCCCGUUCCUGGCGGCAAUGUGUUCAACUUUCAAACACCUUCAGAGGAUCAGCCGAAGAACACAUUUCAGCCUCGUCCAACAAACUCACAAGAAUUCGGUUCAAGUGACACAACAGUGAAGCCUCAAUAUGACUUCCGAUCUGGUCAUAUACCCGCAGGACAAACUGCCACAAAGGAUUCCACAGAUGAUGCCAUUAACAAUAUAUUCAACACCGAAAGCUUUGUCUCACCAAAUCUUAGACAAGAGCCCAACGACAGGGAUCCAAAAUCUCAGGCAGAAACAGUGCCCCUUGGGGAACGCGGUUUGUUUGAAACCGAAGCGAAAUGCUCUACUGGAUUUGUCCUAAUGGCUGGACGUUGCCGCAAAAUAGCCUAAGAAAAAAAUGCUUAAGAUAAUUGAAUAUGUAAUUGUAACAUUUGUUAAAUAAAUUCUAUUUCCCCGAAGUUUUCGGAAACCUUUAA